AUGGCUGCACUGUAUGUUGGAGAUCUGCACCCUGAAGUGACAGAACUGAUGAUUUUUGAGAGAUUCAGACCUGCAGGACCCAUUAAAUCUGUCCACAUCUGCAGGGACAGGAAGAGCGGCUACUCACUCGGCUAUGCCUAUGUUAACUUCUGCUAUCAAUACGACGUGUUUCUGCUGAAGGUUGUGGAAUCAAAGGGAUACGGCUAUGUCCAGUUUGAGUCACAGGAGGCAGCUGCGUCGGCCAUCAAGCGGCUCAACGGGAUGCUGCUGAACGACCAAUACGUCACCAUUGAGUAUUUUAAGUACCGUGAUGAGCGCAAACCUGAGGCUCGCCCCCAACACCAAGCCAAUAACCUCUUCAUCAAAAACCUUGAUUACACCAUCGAUGACAAGUGCUUGUGCACUGUGUUCGGAGAGUUUGGGACCAUCAUUAGUGCAAAGGUAACUUACAUCUUAUAA